CAGCUUCAAGGGACUGAACUACUUUUCGCCAAGUUUUCGCCAGGCCAGACAAAGGCCGGAAAGCUGCGUCAAAAGUCUCUCCCGGAACCGACCAACCGGCCACUAGUACUUGUGCUAGAACUACCUAGCAGCAGAGCUAGAGUCACCAGCAAAAUGAGCUUCUCUCGUGUCACGACAAAGUUGCGCCCAUGGCAACGAAGAGCUCGCGGGAUUCUAGAAAGUGGAUGUGCCAAUUUACUCCCAGGGGCGCGAAAGGAGGGCAGGGCCAUGGCUCGCCUUCAGAACAGGCGCAAGUACCGCUACCAGUCAGAUACAACGUGGGGCUGGUGCCCGGAGCGGCCAGCGUCUUAGGUCCCGGAAGCUUGCCCCGGACCCGCCCAAGAACCAGGUACUAUACUCGUACAUUGUCGCCCUCUAACCAGCAACAGCUACAGUAUUUUCGGUGUCUGGUACAGUAUGAUGAGGUCUGGACGUCUGCUGGCACUGUGACGGCUUGGUCAACUCUGAUUUACAGAGACACAGCAAUGGAGCACUUGAUACAAGGGUCAUCCUCCACUGGCGAGUACGCGGAAACGGUGCGGAUUCGGCUUAAACGGUGGUGGCUGGGCUUGUGCAGUGCAAUUUGUGCAUGUUUCAGUCACCGUUCCGUUUCCCGUGUUGGCGCAUCUCGGGGAGGUACUUGAGCCACAGAGAAGGGCUGCUGAUAAGCGUGCAUGUUCGUCGCGCCUCGUACUGUGCGGCCAGUGACGCGCUGCCAUCGUGUACAUGCUGGCCGGAGCUUCUGGUGCUGACCUUUGAGGAUUCAUAUCAUGGCAGCACUGAAAAUAGGGGUCUGGUCGCCUUUUUGUCUGUGCCGCCUUACGGGAAUAGGGAGCUGCUUGUACCAGUGAUUGAUGAAGUGAGC